AUGGCAGGCCAUCAGCGCAACAAUGCCUUGAUAUGCCUCAUAUUCCCAGCAAGUUUGGGUGAGUUGGGUCUAAAGUGGUUUGAAAGGCUCCCGGAGGAGAGUAUCGAGGGGUGGCAACAGCUAGCAAAAGCCUUUGUCACCAAAUUCAUGACCAAUACUCGAAUACCGAAAGAAGUUGACCACCUCCUGGAUAUCAAGAUGGAGUCAGGCGGUUUAUUGAAGGCAUACAACACUAAGUAUUGGGAGACCUAUAAUGAGAUCCUCGAUUGCCUUAUUAAUUUGCCAAUCGCCCAAUACAAGCGAGGUCUACCAGUCAGACAUAGAUUGCGAGACUCGAUCACGAUGCACCAGCCCACAACCAUGGAAUCAUUAAUGCAGCAGAUCAACGAGCACAUUCGAGUUGAAGAUGACGUCGCCACCGCCACCACCAUCGCCACCACAAUCGAGAAGGAAAAUCUAGUUGGAGCAAACAAACGAGUGGCUGAGAAGGUUCAUUCAGUAGGGCAGGAGGAUAACCGCCCUAGUAACCGAGCGGGAGAGCAAUAUCACGGAAUUGGCCGCAAUGACAAAAAUAGAGGCCGUAGAAAUGACCAGGCUAAUGCUCCACGCAAUGAGGAAAAAGAUACCAAAAGAAAGUUGAAGACGCGAACCGGUAUCACAAUGGUCUUUAAAAUCCCAAUUUAUCGUAUCCUCAGUGAGAUUAUAAGCGAGCCAUAUGUCUGA